CGGUCAACAGUGAUCAUUUCAAAAGCAAAGUCCAUUCCUCUCCUCUCAACAGUGAAUCUUCCAAAAUCAUAAUAUAUUGCUUCUAUGGAUUCUCGUCUAAACGUUUCCGAAAACAAAAAACACAUGCAGAAAAAGGCCCAACGUCCCCAAGUUGAAGGUUCCACGGACAAAGAGUGGACACCUUCAAGUGAGAAUUUGUCCACUCAUUCUCUUACGAACUCACCAAGAAAACGGAAAUUGGAAAUUUCAGAGGUGAAGAGCACCACUCUUAGAGUAUGGAGCGAAGAAGAUGAAAUGGCAAUACUUCAAGGCCAUCUCGAUUAUUCAUCGAUAAACAAGGCCAAACCUUCAACCAGUUAUGAUGCAUUCCUUAAUUUUGUAAAGGAUAAAUUGCAGACGGAAACAACAAAAGCUCAAUUACGGAAUAAACUCAAAGGAUUGAAAAGGAAAUAUCAGGGAAACGUCGCCAAAAGGAGUUUUUCCAAGCCUCACGAGGAGAAAAUAUUCAAAUUGUCAAAGAGAAUUUGGGGCCAUGGUGAGAAGGUGAAGAGUAUUGAGACUAAUAAAAUUGAUGAAAAGAAUGUUGGUGGUAGUAGUUCGGGAAUGUAUUCGGACAUGGUUUUAGGUGGAGGUAGCGCUGCUGAUGUGGAGGAUUGGUUCAAGAGAAACCCCGGCCAGUUAAUUAGCGAGAAGGACAGGAAAAAGAUGCUGGCGAAGUCACGAUCCGUAAAGGUUGCUAAAGCUCGACUAUAUUUGAAGGAAAUAGAAGUGAUGGAGAAACAAACAAAGUUGGCCAUUGAUGCUCUAAAAGCCAUUCACAAAUGAUAGGCCAGAUUUUGUUGUUACUAUGUUUGGGGUUUUUGAAUUUUUGCUUUCUGUUUUCUGCUUUUGGUUUAUUUAGGUUGCUGGUGAUCUAUCUGGUUCUAAGAACACUGAUUUCUAUAAGUGAUGAGGUGAAGUGCUGCUCUCUUCUCCUUUUUUUGCCUCUGUGUAGUUGAAGAUGGAGGAUUCUA